AUGUCCGUGCGGUACACACUCAACCUGAAGGUCUUCUGGCCGGUGGUGACCGGGCUGUGCACGGCGCUGGUGUGCCUCUACCAUGCCCUGCGCAGCACCGAGGGAGCCCGGGCCGAGCCCCCCGACGGCGUAGACAGCGGCUUCCCGCUGCUCAAGGUGGCCAUCCUCCUUCUUCUCGGCUACAUCCUCCUACGAUGUCGCCACACCAUCCGCCAGCGCCUCUUGCCAGGCUCUUCCCGCCCUUGUGGCCACGCCAACUUUUCAGCCAGAUCCUUGCAAGAGCCAGGCCUGAGCAUCUUACUGGAGAGUUACUAUGAGCACGAGGUGCGCCUGUCGCCGCAUGUGUUAGGUCAUAGCAAGGCACACGUGAGUCGGAUCGUGGGUGAAUUGGUGCAGGCUGGCCGAGCCCGAGGGUCUCCAGGCCCCAUCACCGGGGGAGCGCUAGCCUUGGCCUUCCGGGGAGAUUUCAUCCAGGUGGGCAGCGCCUACGAGCAGCAUAAAAUCCGCCGGCCAGACAGCUUCGACGUGCUGGUGCCACUGCGCUUCCCGCCGCAGGUGGCUCUGGAGCCGCGGAACCUGGGGACCGAGCCCACGCUGGCUCCUGCCUUCCGCAGCUGCUUCGUGUGUGCCCUCAAGGCACCGCCCUCGCCUUCGGGGACCUCGACAGGACAGUGGCAUCGCGACUGCAAACCCUUUGCUGAAGGGUUCUGUGUGGAUGUGCAGGGCCGACGCCACCUCUCUGCCACCCUGGUGCUGCGCUGGUUCCAGGCGCACCUACAGCGCUCCUUGGCCACAGUGCGCUACAGCCUGGAGGGUCGCUGUAGAGUUAGCCUGACCCCAGGUGGUCUGGAGCAGCCGCCCACCCUCCACAUCCUUCCUUGCCGCACGGACUAUGGCUGCUGUCGCCUUUCCAUGGCCGUGCGCCUCAUCCCCGCUGUCCAUCUGGGCGAUGGCGUCUUCCUUGUGGCACCGCCACCACCACCCUCGCCCAGCGGAGCCCUGUCAGAGCUGCCGGGUGGCCUGCGCGCUGAGGCACUGUGGGGUGUGAAUACAGCACGCCAGGAGCAGAAACUGCUGGGCUGGCUUCAGGAACGGGCUCCUCCAGGUGCCUGCUACCUCAAGUGCCUGCAGCUGCUUAAAGCUCUUCGAGAUCUGGGUGCCCGCGGGCUGGACCCUGUGGCAGCUACCCACUGGGGCCGCAUCCUGUCUUCCUACGUGCUGAAAACGGUGCUGCUGGCGGUGCUUCUGAAGGAGGGCGGUCCAACGCACAGCUGGGACGAGGCACACCUGAGUGAAUGCUUGGAGAAGCUGGUGAAGUUCCUUAGGGACUGCCUGCUGCGACGCCGAGACCUCUUUCACUGUGUCCUGGGUCCAGGUGGGGCCGCCGCCGAGGUGGGCCCCCUGCCCAAGGUGCUGCGCGAGGCCUCUCCAGUUGACCUCCUGGCACCCUUCGAUCAGCAUGCCCGGGAGCUCGCAGCAGCGCGGUUGCUGUCCACCUGGCGAAGGUUGCCCCAGCUUCUCCGGGCCUACGGCGGUCCCCGCUACCUUGCCAGAUGCCCCUUACCCCGGAGUCAACGCAACCAGGGCUUCCCUGAAGAUAAACCAUGAACCCGGAUUACACUCCACCUGACCAAUGUCCCUUUCCCACAGGAUGGGAUCGGGAGGGUGGCAGUUCAAUCCGAGAUGAGCUGUAGAAAGGGAAAUUUGGAGGAUAUCAAAGGCUUUGGUGGGCAUAAAUGUUCUGCCCUAGGCUCCAUGACCCAAGAUAGCUGUGGCAUCUUCUGCAGGACCAAUAGAGUGUCCUGGGUGGUCUUAUGCUCACAUAUCUCUGCUCCCAAAUUAUUUGAAGCAAUCAUGUUUGACAUGCCUACUUGUUAGAUGCUAGGUUCUCAACUAGGUGUUCAUGUUUUUGGAGGGGUGCUGUAUGUUUGUUUCAGUUACGGGGUUGGACUCCUGGGUCUUGCGUCUGCUAGGCAGCUACUUCACAACAGAGCUGCACAUCCAGGGCCCCUAGUUUUGUUUUUAAAAGGGGGGGGGACCCUUAUCCACAACUGGAGUUGAAAUUCUAGUCCAGCUGUUAGCAUUCCAGAGCAAUAAUUUAGCCAUUCCCAUGAGCAUUUGUGUAUUUUUAAUGGUGCAAUCAUAAGUUUGUUGAGCAAGAUUAAUGGAGUUGCCAUAAAUUAAGUGACCUUGCUAAGACCUGGUUAGAGACUUUCAGAGCAAGCGGCCCUCUAUGUCCAGCAGUUCUCUUGUUCUGUGGUGGCCGGAAGCAGGGACUGUUCAACGAGGGCUCCACGCAGUUAUCUGGAAGACCAAAGCUCUGAGAAGCAGCUAGCCACCAUUCAACACUCUUCAGGUCACAGGUGGAGAUUGGACACUCAGCACCUGUUCAUUUGAGCUGGGCAGAAUGCAGAGGGAAAAGAUCCUUAAUUAAGACAGGUCUGGCAGAAGUGUGAAGCGCGAGUCUUGAAACAGAUCCUGCCUGAGGCUUGCUGUCAGCUGGACACAACCCGCCUUUGUUUCAAAGUUUCUGAGCAAGCGGCACUGCAGGCGUGUUUCAGAUUUAAGGAUCUGUGGGGAGAAAAUGUUUGGCAUGUUGCCUAGUUAGGGCUCGGCUUUGGUGAUGCCUUGUGUUGGGGUAGUGGUUGGAAGGUUCUUGAUUGCCCAGAUAACCUUACAGAGCCUUGGAGGCCAGCUCUUGCUUCUGUGGAUGACCUGUAAAAUAGUAGCUUGCAGUCUGUGCCUGGAGACUUACCAUUUCUCACCAGUGGGCAGAAGAGGUGGGCCACAGGAGCUGAAGGAGAAGUCAGGGAGCUGGCCUUAUAGUGUUCUGCUCUUCUCGGCCAUGAGCUUCCCCAGGCUGGGGGCAUCUUGCAGUUGGGAAGAGCCCAUUCUCCUGUGCCUCUCAACCUCCCGGCUUCCUGACAGCUCCAAAGGGCACUUCACGUUUAGAAUGUUCCACCUUCCUCUCUCCUAGUGGGAAGUGCGGCCACCUCAGCAAUAUUCUUAGGGAUUUUCUUUUUUAAGUAGACUCUUUAAAGUGAAGGUUAGAGGAUGAAAAUAGCCACAUGAAUAAGGCCAUUGUUUAAUGUCUUAGCUUUCUGGAGGGAAACUCUGCAAACCCCCUUUCUUUAGAGCACCCGGUUGGCAAUCAGUGGGAAUAGAUUGUAGGGAACUUCUCGGUAGAGCUAUGUUGGCUUCUGUGUCCUUUGCAACUGAAAGAGGAACAGCUGUCUCAGUGAGUUGUUUUGGAGACCAUUCCUCUUGAUACUCUAAGGUCAUUCCUACUUUUUUGAGGCCAAUAUUUGGUCAUAAGGUACGGCAUUGGAUGUAGGGGGUGUUCCUUCAUCCUCUUGCAAGGACAGAAACUGCACAGUGGGUUUUAUUUUAAUUACUUAAAAAAGUCAAUGCCAAGGGAAGAUUGUGUGUAUGAAUAUGUGUGUGUGUGUGGUAUGUGUGUUCAUCUGUGUGUAUACUACACGUUUCCAUACUCAGCCUGUUGAUUCCUCUGUAGUCACUAAGUUGGAGUAGGGGACAAUGAGGCAAUUUUCCAAUUAUUAGAUUUUUUUUAAUCGUGAUAAUAUUUUAAAGUAUAAAACUGGUUAUUGUCAUAAAUAUAAAUAUCUUUCUUGUAGGGUUUUUCCGUUAUUUUUAUUUUUUAUUUUUUGGUUAAUUAACCAAAAUUUCAUCCAUCCUCAAAGCUUUUAAAUUUUAUUAUAUUAUUAUUAUUAUUAAAUUAAUGGGCAUUGUGCUUGUGAAUUAAAGAAAUAUUAAUGUUUUAUUUAAGUGCCAUGCUGAACAGUUGUUCUUGAUAUGUGGCAACCAAAACUUAAGAGAUUUCGAUCAAUUUUGAUCAAUGUUUAGCGAUCUGAAGCAUGUACUGUGUACAGAUGCAAUAAUACGGCCGUUGCGGUGGCUGCCCGAGGCCCCUGCGUUCAGCUGAGUUCUUUUUUUCGUUACAGCUACCGGCACAGCCUCUGUUUGAUGUGUACACAUUUUUGGUGUAUAUUUGGUACUGGAGAGUCACAUAUGCCAAUAUUCUCAUAGAAGAUGGCUCUACCAAAAACUAAAGAGUCGUUUAGCCAGUGCCCAAAGAUGUUUUGAGGAAGAUGACUCAGCCCUUUUACAGUCAGACACUUCAGUGACUCCCACUGCCCGGCUCGGAGCCUUCCUGGAAUGUUCGUGGGAUGGGAGAAUGUGUUUUGCAAAAUGAAGUUGGAAUGGAAAGAGAGGACAGUUUGAGUGGAUGCAAAUAUUGUCUGAGGAUUGGGGACAGGGGGACUUAAGAUGAACGGGAAAGGGAGAAAUGGGAGGAGGGAGACAGAUGAAGAUCCCUCGAGGGUGGGAGGGUGUUCUAGGUGAAGAAGUGUGUUUUUAGGUAUGUGCUAUUUCCAGCCAGGAAUCACAAACUCAGUAGCCGGAAGACAGGAAAAUAAAUGAGGGUGGGGAGGGUGGCGGGGGCUGUGCCUACCUUAAAGAGGGCAAAGAAAAGGUGGGGCUAAUUUCAGAUUAAAAUACUGAAGCUCACUGGUUUUUAAUUUAAGCUAUAAUUUAAAAUGUCUAAAACCACCAAGUGAGCAGAAAGUUGGUUGAACCUGAGGCCACCAGUUUGUGACGCCUUGCCUUACACAGUUAACCUUUCCUCCGAGUAUAUAUAAAUUUAUAUUCUUUGCCGUGGAGAUGAUGGUUAUAUAUACGUGGAGGUGUGCUAGCUAGCUCAUUUCUGCUUUAAUGAGAGUUAAGCUUUAUUAUAGGAAUAACAACAGAAAAAAUUAACAAGGCUACAGAUAACAUUUAUCCCCAGUUUCUGGUAGGGUUCCCAUGCAAGCCUGACUCUCCAGUCAGAAUCUCAACUAAAACACUUGGGGCUAUUUCUGGAUUUUCUUUGCUGGUGAUUUGGGGUCAGCUUCUCUCCCUGGCUGGAGUUUGUGGAUGAGUAAUGAGGCGGAAUUGCGGGAUACAUUCUUUCUUUGUAUUUGGUUCCUUUCCGAAAAUUAAUUUCUUUGGUUGUUGUCCUUGGUUGAACUUAGCCCGGGACUUCACAGUGUUGGUUGAAGGCAUUAAACACCAGCAAAACAACAACCAAAACAGCCCGUGUUCCAUCUUUGGGCCAAAUUCCAUGGCUUUGUACUAUCGGCCUCUCCAAGAAUCCUGCGGGCUUUACUCCCAGCAUUUCCGUCUCUUUCUGACUCAGUGUCUCUCACCAAAAUUGCCACCAGCUGAGCAUCUUUUGUCACCUCCCAGAGGAAGUUGCGGUUUCCACAGAACUGGGCUUCCUGGCUUUUCCCCGUCUACACAAAAGUUCCUCCCACGUGGAGAGAAUGAAGUUUGUCCACAUUUCUGACAUCCCUCAGGAGGGCAACUCGCUCAGUGUUUCCCCUGUGUUGUGGUGUGUUAGCUUCUUUGUCUUUAAUUGCGUGUCCGUAACAUAUCUCCUUAUUUUUUUUUUUACGGCACACGGUGGGGGUGGGGAUAAUGCUAGCAGAAGUCAAGAAAGGGUAGCAAAUUCCGGAUCAUGUAGACGGAGAGAAUUGGUGAAGACCUGCAACUAACUGGUAUGGAAUCUGCCUCUGGCAGUAUUGGAUAUUUAGGACUAUUUUAUCACCUUUUGGGGAAUAAAAAAGUUUCCUUGUCUUAGUCACUUGAUUUGAAGCAUUCCAGCACGGGCAGCUUUUUAACGUGCCUUCUGACCCCAAACCACACAUUGGGAUAUACUUUGAGGGUCUCCGUUACAGCCCAAGUUUGUUCCAAUAAAAGAGACCAAAGAGUUAAUCAGACCUGGUUGACUGCUAUCACAACUGUGUGGUUAAGGACGUCUUAAUCACGCGGUUCAUGGCCCCAGUGGUCAAGGCCUGUCACUCCCAUCUUUGUUUGAAGUUGGAGUACAUUUGCACUUUUCGAUCCUGUGGGUCACUAGCAGACCUUGUUCUUUCCCAUUUUUUUUUUUUUUGCUGUAUCA